AUGUCGAAUAUAUUCGUCGCACUGGCUCUUAGUCUGGCUUGCACAUUGGCCGAAGAAAGCAACUCGUCGGAUGUGACUAAAUUGGAAGUCGUGGACCUGGGUGAACUGAGCGACGAGUCAAACGUGAAGAUCUCCGAAUCGCAAAGAAAAAGAGACUCUGGUUACGUGUAUAACAGACCGGACCGACUCACGGCUGGUCAGAGAUUCAACGGUCACGGUUACCGACAAAGCUCAAAUGGUUACAGGGCCAAAAUUGUAUCCAGAUACCCCAGCCAGAGUCAACGGCCCUUUACAAGCUACGGAACGCCGGUUCAGAGUGAACCAGUGCGAAGACCAAGCAGUCAGUACUCCGGUCCACAGAGCAGCAAUUUCGGUGGUCAUCAGAACCAGUUGAGGCCCCAACAGAGCCAGUUCAGUAGUCAGCAAAACCAUCAAAACCAGCAUUCCUCGGGUCAGUUUUCACAGCAGAGCAACGGAUUCUUCAGUCAGAGGGUUCCCAGUCCUGUUAGGCACGUCGAUUUCGUCCCGCCCAACCCGGUAGCCAGUCAAAAUGAUCAACCGUUCGGUUCGAACACGGCCCUCUACCUCCCUCCAAAGAAUCAAGAGCUGCCGACGUAUUCGGCACCGAAUAAAUUUCAGGCUGGUCAACAAGUGUUCCAGCAACAGAACCCUCAGCAGCAGAUACAGAGCGUGAAUUUUCAGCAGCAGGAUCAGAGCGCAAGCUUUCAGGAGCAGAGUUCAAACCAAGGCACAAUUUCCGACGCGGCAAAUUUCCUCUCCCAAAACGCCCAAGCCAUAUCUCAGCUCUACGGAGCUCCAGCAACGGACCAAAGCUUUGCUCCAAACAACGAAGACUUCUCCGGCGGAAGCAACCAGAUACAGGGAGUGGCUGGUCCCUCCUUUGGACAGAACAACCAGUUCCAGGAUCAGCAGUUUAACAAUGGUCAAUCGACGCAAAGGUUCCAGGGCUCGCUGCCCUCCUACGCAUCGGGCACCCUUGGCCCGGAUGAGUCGCUGGAGCAGAUCCAGUCUAAAGAAAAGGACAGACUGAUAGCCGAGCUGCAGACGUUGCUGAGUCAGAGUCAAUCGCAGAACGCCGCGAGUGCGGAGCUGAUCGGUCAGUACGCCCAGAGCCACGGCAACUACAUUGAGAACCAGAAGCUCCUGGCCGCGAUAAGCUCGCAGUUGCAGAAUCAGCAGAAGUACAACGGAGGCCAGAACGCGAAUCCCGGGGGUGGAUUCAGCCCCGCCAACACAGCCUUCGGUCAGGCACCCUUCGUUCCUGGCACCAGCACCACCCCCACUUUCACUCUAGGGUACGGCCUGACCACCCAGCAGACUCCAACGUCGACAACGACGACGACGACCACGACCGCAUCCCCCAUCCCUCCGUCCCAGAGUCCCGCCGGAAGUUCUCAGACUGGCUCUUCGGUUCCGGCACCAUCUGCACCCCCCGCUUCGAACCCGAGUUUUCCGCAGUACGGAGGAUUCGUACCUUCCCUUAUCGGCAGUCCCGGUUUCGUCGGGGGUUUGCCGAGCUACGGUACCGUCGGCUCGGGAUUCGUCCCGGCGCCUGUUCAGCCGGCAGAAUCAUCCCCUACACACUUCGGCUUACCGAUCCCCCAGGACCCCAAUGCAGCUCAGCAGCCACAGACUCCAGGAACGGCGCAUCAUCCCCCUCAGCCAGCGACCCUCCCUUCGUCACCGAGUUUUGUCACUCGGCCAGCCGCACUUCCGGUUCAUCCACUGCAGCCGAUUCAACCUGUGCACCCGAUCGCACCCCUUCAUCCGAUUUCCACCACUCUCCACGGCGUACAGCAGUUUCAUCCCAUCCUGAGUCAGCCCCUGCAGCCGGUUGCUUCUCCUGUACAUCCGGUUUUGCCCGCAGUUGCACCGGCGGUUGCUCCGGUUCACACAGCGCCAGUGGCGGCUCAUCCGAGUUAUGGAAUUCAACCGGGCGUCUUCAAUCCGUUGCUCUAUAAGCCUGUCAAGAAUGUUUAUCCUGUUUAUUAUUAUCCCAAUUUGCCAUAUCAGGUGCAAAAACCGGCGCUUCCCACUUACCCGUGGAGCUAUGCACCGUCUUAUGCACAAGCGAAACCUGCUCAAAUUUGGAAAUAAGUUCGCCUCGCGUCUACUUGUAAAUAUGUUUUUGUUGUUUUUUAUUGUUUAAUAUUCGGAUAUUUUUGUACACCUAUACCUGUCGGCAGAAAAACAGUUGUUCAGUUUUAACGAGAAUGUUUUUAUUUAUGCAUCGUAUGAUUAUUUUGUAAAUCUAGGAUAUGAUAAUGUAGGUAAAAGCUUGUUUGGCUGAAAUUCUACAUUUUUCGACACGUGUUUUUAACGCACAAAUUUCUUCGCCAGUGGAGUUGUAAAUACAAAGCUUGUAUUUAUUUUUAUAAAUAAAAUUGUUAUAUUUCUCUUUUUAUUAA